CGGAGCCGGGGUGGUUGAUUCGGAGUGACACCGGAUUGAGUCGCAGGUGGCGUUUCUGACAUCGCGGAGAAGGUUGAGCGAGCCUGGUUCCUCCAGUGGAUUAUUGCACGGUUCCUGCCUGCUGGGGGGCUACGGGUGGCUGCUUCUCCCUCCCGACUUCAAGCCGGUGCGGAUUAUAAUUGCAACAUGACCCUGGAAGAGCUGGUUGCUUGCGACAACACCGCCAAAAAGAUGCAGACGGUGAGCGAGGCGGUGGAACAGCUGCUGGUGGCGGCUCAGAGGCAGGACUGCCUGACAGUCGGCGUCUAUGAGUCGGCCAAGCUCAUGAAUGUGGAUCCAGACAGCGUGGUGCUUUGCCUCCUCGCCAUUGAUGAAGAAGACGAGGGUGACAUCGCCUUGCAAAUCCACUUCACCCUCAUCCAGGCAUUCUGCUGCGACAAUGACAUCAACAUCCUGCGGGUGUCCGGCAUGCAGCGGCUGGCCAAGGUCCUCGGGGAGAGCUCGGAGGACAACAACGAACCCCGGGACCUGCACUGCAUCUUAGUGACGAAUCCCCACACCGAUUCCUGGAAGAGCCAAGGGCUGGAGGAAGUGGCCAGUUACUGUGAAGAAAGCCGCGGCAAUAACCAGUGGGUCCCCUACGUCCCGCUGCUGGAGCGUUGAGCUGGGCACCGCCUUCUCGUUUUGUGCUGAAUUCCUGUUUUUUU